CUUUUUUUUCUACCAGUGCGUGGAAGGCAAGAAGUAUAAUCGCCGAUAUUAAUAGCAGUGUGGGGAAGAACAAACAAACCGCAGGGGCCCAUGGGAAGUGGCACUGAAUGACAGCCGGCAGGCACCAGGUUACAACCGAUGUAUCCGGUGUCUCCAGCUACUUAUAGCCGUCCCAGAGCGGAGCCGCCGGCUGUAGAAGCCAUGGGACCCGAGAAGGAGGCGCAGAGUGCAGGAGCCGGGAGCAUGGCGGACCCCGUCCAGCUGGAGCAAUGCCGGCAGCGGGCGGCGGACACCAUAGAGCUGGAGGCCGAGCCGCUCAGCGCCCUGAGCCGGGAUAUCUGGAGCCAGCCGGAGCUGGCCUACAAGGAGCACCGAGCACACGAGCGGCUGGCCGGCUUCUUCUCGUCCCGGGAGGGCUGGCGGGUGGAGCGCCGGUACAAGCUGGACACCGCAUUCCGGGCGGAGUGGGGGGCCGCGGCUCCCGCCGUGCAUGUCGGCUUCCUGUGCGAGUAUGACGCCUUGCCCGGCUUGGGACAUGCCUGCGGACACAACCUCAUCGCCGAGGUGGGGGCCGCCGCUGCCCUGGGCGUGAAAGGAGCCCUGGAAGACUUACAGCCCCCGGUGGGCGUCAAGGUGCGACUUUUAAAGUUUGUGACGUCACUAGGACGCGCCGUGCCCUGGGUUGUUGAUCGUUGCCAUGGUUUCCAUAAUGGUGUUGGCCUGGUCGUUGCCAUGGUUUCCAUAAUGGUGUUGGCAUGGUCGUUGCCAUUUUUUUCCAUAAUGGUGUUGACCUGGUCGUUGCCAUGGUUUCCAUGAUGGUGUUGGCCUGGUCGUUGCCAUGGUUUCCAUAAUGGUGUUGGCCUGGUCGUUGCCAUGAUGGUGUUGGCCUGGUCGUUGCCAUGGUUUCCAUAAUGGUGUUGGCCUGGUCGUUGCCAUGAUGGUGUUGGCCUGUCAAAACUGUUUUGUUGUUUAUUCACUAAAGUAUGGGUUUAGGGAAUUUAAAGUGAAUUUCAAAUUUAGGCAGAAUAAUUAAACUGCAAAUAAUCUGAGUCAACUGGGGUUAAUUUUAUUAACAAUAUGAAUUACAAAUGGCAAAAAUAGUCUGAGAUGUUCCAACUUGGAGAGGCAGAAGGCCCAGGUGUUAUGUUAUCGCUGAUAGCGACUGGUCUCCUAUCCGUGUGGACAAUGCAGUGGGGUCUCACCCCUAUUGGCCCUCAGCCCGAAUGGGCUUGUAGCAUAGGGUUCAUGCGCUGCAGCGCUGGAAGUAGUGGAGUUCCCAGAGGGCCCCACUCCGCACCCAUAUCCCUCCACUAUGAUCCGACGUUGAGGCAAUGAGGCUGCUUGCUUUGCCUCCAAAGAGGCCCAAAAGCGGAUACAUUUUUCAUCCAGUUGCCGCAGGGAUCGUGCAUCAAACUCAUACGGUAACUUCUCGGAUUGUGUGCGUUGUGUACAACUAGGAAUGGAGUCCUCCUCCAUUUUAACCAUGAGAGUUGUGGUGCAAGUGAAUUCAGGUGCAACAACAGUAGCUCAACUCAGUGCCCAGAAUGAUCCAGUGGGGACCGGGAUAACCCCCACCGGUCAAGGGAGGGGUGCUGUAAGAUAUCCUGUCGGGACUCUGCGCUAUCUGGUCUGGACGAUCAGCCUCAUGGGCACAAACAUCACAGUAGGCAUUGUAGAGGAAUCUCUUGUUUUUAAGUGCUCCAUGGCACCCAGGUCAACUUCAGGAGCAGGUGAGUCCCACAACAAAGCAAGUUGGUGUGUUCGUAUUAGAUUAAUUGGCUUAAAUACUACCCCCCACCCCCUCCCCUUGGCGGUACCUGCCUCCUGAAUGUUCAGGUUCAUGGAAGUUUGGACUGCCCCCAUGUAGGGUCGCUGCAGAUUGGCUAAGAAUGGUCAGCUGACGCUCUUAGUGAAUCAGUGACUCCCUGUUCUCUAAACUGGCUUGGAAAGUAAAAGUAACUUUUCCAAGCCAGUUUAACCCCUUGAGAUAAGAGUGCCUCCAAGGACCUCCCGGCCUGAACAACUUCAUUUAUAUGAAGUUGUUUUGGUGCCUGGAGUGUGCUUUUAAGUUUGGUGUAAAUAAUAUAACUGUUUUACUAAAAAAUAUAUUUUAGAGAAUUGGGACAAAAUGGACAGAGGCCUAGACAAGAGAAUGUAUGUACAAAACAAUACUCUUCAACUCACCAGAGUCAAGAUUCCUCAUACGUGGUUCCUCAUUGACAUAUAAGUUGGAAGACAGAUGCAUCAGUAAAAAGGUUGGGAAACCAGUCUGGAAGCUAUUAUUUGCCAAGGAAGAUGUUCAAGAAAACAGGGAACUUUUUAAAAUUUCAAAGAGAUGUUGGCAGUUCAAAAAGUCUUAAAGGGACACUGUACUCACUAUAAUCAUUUCAUCUAUUUAAAUUGGUUAUGAUGCCUGGAAUCUCCUGGCACUGUCUCUCCAUAUAAUGUUAAACCAUUUUAGAGAAGUUUAACACUAAAUAAGGGAUCAAGGCUACCCACAGUCCGGCCUCUUCUGGAGGUGUGGCCAAGGCAGAGAUUACACACUUCCUUGUAGUCAUACCCUUCAUACCGUUAGUUGGAACUCUGAGAGGCUAAAAACAGACAGCUGACACUCAGCCAAUCAUAGCUGCUCAUGCUAGUACUUCUUCAUUUGCCGAAGCAGCACAGUGGGGGAGGGGCUGCUGGCGACUCUAAUUUAGCAUUGAAACAUAAAAAUAUGAAAAACUGUUUAAUGCUGAAUGAAAUUAUGGAACUUGGGAACUCUGGACACUAUAAUCAGUUUAAUGAAAUGAAGCAGAUACAGUGCCUACAGUGUCCCUUUAAGGUGCUACCUCUAUGUGAUAACCACUACAGUUCACUGUAGUCGUUAUUAUGGUAUGAGUACCCUGGCCCCAUUCCCCAGUAAUAAGGGGAAUGUACCCUUUUUAAACAAGGCUCCUGCUCUUGUUUGAAAGUUGUAUUUACAUCCGGCUUCUGCAGAGCAGCAGAAACCGAAUGCCAAUCUUGCCAUUCAUUGAUUGGCUGAGAGCAAUUGACUCUAGCCAGUCCAGAAUUCUUUUUACUGGCUGGCCUCUGGCAGCAGAGGAGCAAAAUGCUGCACAUGCACUGAAGUUGUCAUUGUGCCUGGACUACCCCCUUAAAAUGCUUAAAAGGGCUCCUGGUUGGGAGAGAAAUACAGACACAAUCAGACAAUAUAGUCAUAUCCACAGACAAGACAGUACAAAGUUGCAAAAAACUUGUCAGAUCUCUGCAAAGAAACUGGGUUUGGCAGAAGAACACCAACUCACAAUUUCUGCCAUCUACAUACGUGGAGUAGACAAGCAUUGAGGACAUCCUCGGUAGGUCAAAAUAGAAUAAAGAAUACUGGGUGUUGCAUGAGCUAGUCUUAAAGAAAAUCACACAAAUAUUUUGUUCUCUGGAGAUAAACCUAAUGUACAGAAGAUGCAAUGGAAAGGUGAAGAUGUUAGCUUCACUGUAAAGAAGAGAUCAUCCAGAUAUUCCAAACUGUGUGACUGUGCCUUGGGACUUUUGUCUGGCUUAUGUAUUCGCUGUGAUAGUGGUUAUAUCCAGAAAUCUCCAGAAAGCACAGAUAGAUGCUUUCAAAGGUUUUUGCAGUAAUGCCGUUUUAGCCAAAAAUAGAUUGUUUUCAGAAUUGCUAUAUCUCAAGGAAAUUAUUGGGGAAUUUCCUUAUGAGAAACAAUCUUAAUGAACAGAAAUAUUUUUCUGUUAACUAUGAAGAUGUUAAAGUUCACAGUUUGGAAUCUACAAGGCUGAUUCUCUCAGCUCAAGGCUAAAAGGAAGUUUUAGUAGACAUGUUCUUACAUGCUAUAGCAUCAUUCUCUAAGAUAUAUUGUAAAGUUUGGCAAACAUUUUUUUGCUGGUGCAAAGGAAAGAAUUUUAACGCCUCAGACCCGUUCAUUUCUCAUGCAAGAGCUCUUCAUUAAAGGGCCCAGGAUUUGCCAAAGCCGCUUCCUUCUUCUGGAUUUUUCUUCUGACAGAAUAAUUCACAGAUUUUUUUUUUUUAAAGCUUUCUGGAUAGAAAGUGGUUCCUGUAUGGGAUCUAAAUUUAGUAUUUGAUGCACUUUGUGAAGCUCUUCUGAGCCUUUAUCGGAAUGUCUUCUUUCAGUCAAGUCUUUUUCCAGGAUGAAGUUCUUUUAUAGGCAGAGGCCUUCGUUGUGUGUAUUUCUUUGAUUAGUCGAAAAGUAGAUCUUGCUACAUUUUGCAACAAUUCUAAGAAUUCUACUGAAGGUAAAUGGCACUACCUAGAUGUUAAAAUAUCAUUGGUAAUCUAUUUACAAAGAACUUCUGAAUUCAGAAGACUAGAACAUUUGUUCAUCGACUUCAAAAUAUGAAGAGAAGCUUCAAAGCAACCUUAUCAAAAUGGAUCAGAGUAGCCAUACAAGAGGCGUGGUUGGCCGUAAACAAGUCGUCUAAAGACACUAAUUAUACAUUCUACCAGAGCAGUAACUGCACCAUGGGCUGAAAGGGUAUCUGCUACACCAGAGAUGAUUUAUAUGGCUGUAACCUGGGCAUCAAUGCACACAUUCAGGAAGCACUAUAGGCUUGAUGUCCUGGUCUUCUCAGAAACUACUUUUAGGCAUAAGGAGCUCCAGGCAGUCGUUCUGGCGAAAGAACUGACUCAACCUUGUGAUGUUCUUGUUAUAUCAUAGGUUUAGUUUCAGUAAACAAGAGGACAUUUUAUUUACUAUUUAUUUUAAAUACGUUUUUUCUUAGUAGUACUGGGAAAUCAACUUCAUCCUAGUUAAAGCAUAUUUUGCAAAGACCUCCAAAACUGAUAGAUCCAUUGUGGAUCUUGGGGCCAUGGGGUGCAGGGGAGGUAAGAUUUACUUACCUCAGGCUGUACUGUGCAGCCACUACCAUCUUUGUCCGGCUGUCCUUUUUGGCUCCUGGCCCUUCAGUUGCCAGGCGUGAUAUAAUUGCUGUACUAAUGCGUAUGAGUAAAAGUACAACACUGAGGUCUGUGAAGGAUCCUCCAUAAAAGGAUCCCACGACUGUUAUUUGUGAAGGCUACUAAGAUUGGACGAAGUUGAUGAUAGAGCAAUGCCUCUUAUCAAUUUUUGUCAACCUUGGACUUUACCAUUAGACAAGUAGUCCCAGUUUUGUUAAAGUAUGUUUUUUUUUUUUUUUAUUCUUUAUUUUUGUGUGCAUUGUUAAGUACAAAACAGCCCGCCUGGCCACAACAGCCUUGCGGGUGAUGGUUGUUACAGGACUUCACAACAUAGUUAAGGCAUACUUUUGUCUGUCAGUUCCAAGUUGUAAUGUCAGCUAGAUCUGCACCUUUUAUUUUUAUUUUUACAAGUCAACUAGUGUGGAACUAAGGCCUCCAUGGAGUGUAUUUGCAGUGUAUGUCAUUCCCCCUCGAGUUCCAAGAUCAUGGUAAUUCGGGGUGUGGGUAUCUGAAGGUUGUCAGUCCGGAGGUAGUUGUCAGCGUGUUUGUACCCCUUAAUGUGUUCCGUGUUGGGUUUGCGUGUGUGUGCGCAUGGCUGUCCUUAGUGUUGUUCGUAUCUGUGAGUGAAUUAUAUGAUGUCUGUUUAUGUCAGCGUGUGUGCGUGGGGCAAGCGUUAUCGCUCAUGGAGCCUGUUGAAUCUUUGUGGUCUAUCGAUGGGUUGGGGUUUUGACUUCUUACCGAGGAAGUCGCGGGGGGUGGGAGAAGGUAUAUUCUCCCCGGAGCUUGUGGUGUUCUUUGUCCAAGUAAGUCACGGCUGAUGGCGGUCAGUCACAGUUAUGGUAUAGCGUAAGCUAUAAUUGUCGAGUGUGUGUGUGUGUAGUAAUAUCGUGCUGAAAACCAAUAACAAAACACCAAAACAUAAAAACCAUAAAAAACAAGCAUAGGGUAAAACAGUAGGUGAGCCGGCAUGCAAAGCCCUAAAGAGGAGGCAGUGUCUGGUUAAUGUAUUAAAGUCGCUGGCCACCAUUAAUGCAGUUCAGAACAGCUCUUCCUCAGCGCCUGUGGAGGACACAUAGGAGGUCGAAGGUCUGGCGCAGUGGGGCAGUUCAGGUUAGGGCUCCGCUUCUCUCGUGUUCCUAGGAGUGAAAGAGAUUACUGUCUUUGGGUUCCAUGUGUGUGGUGUCGUGGGGUUCUCCCUUGUUUGGGUUAGAGCUGGCAUCCCUAGUGCCCUCAGGAAAGGUUCUGCAUCCUGUAGCGAGGAGAGGCUGUGCGUGGCGCCCCCCUUGGUCACUGUCAGGGACCUUGGGAAUGUCCAUUUAUACUCGAGCUUUGCCUCUCUCAGUUGAGUUGUGACUGGGGCCAGGGAUCUGCGCCAUAGUAAUGUGUUGCGGGUCAGGUCUUGGUAAAAGGUAACGUGAGAGUUUUCAAAUGUUAGCGGGAUCUUCCCUCUGACCGCCGUGAGAAGCUUAAUUUUGUUGGUCACGGAGUGACAUCGGAUAAUGACAUCUUGAGGGGCGUCCGUUGGUGCUUGUCUGGCUUUUCUGAUUCUAAAACAGCCGUCCAAUACAAGUUUUUUUUGCCUGAGCGGGUGGCAGAAGCGUCGCUAUGAGACGUCUGAGGUAGUGGGGUAGUUCUGAUGAGUCUAUGGUGUCUGGGAUCCCCCUUAAUUUUAGGUUAGCACGUCUGGUUGCGGUCUUCUGUUUGGUCCAGUCUUGUGAUUAGGGUGGACUGUGCGGCCUGCAUAUGGUAACAAGUGUCUUUUAUCUCUCUCACCUCUCUUUGGAGAUCUAGGAUGUCCUCCUCUGUGGCCCGUGUGCGUGCGGUCAUCGCUUGCAUUUCAGUCUUUAUUAGGUUGAUAUCUGCUGCAUGCAUUCUCCUCAUUUCCAUCAGGAGGUCGGCAAUAUCUUGUUUGGUAGCCGGGGUUUGUGUGUCUUGGCCGGCAAGUGACUCUGUGGCUUGGGGAGCGGUGGAUAUUUCUAAUCUAGCCCCAUGCUGUUCCCCCUCGUCUGGAGAGGCUGGCGUGCGCUCCGCCGGGGUCGCCAUCUUGGGCGCCAUUGGCCUCUGCAGCAUGUCGCCGAUAUCUUGGGUGCCUCUGCCGGCGGUUGGUGGAGGCUUUUGGGACCUGCGACCCAUUGUGUAGUCGUCCGGUUCCGCGGGGUCCUUUAAGAGGUAGGUGCCGCGUCGAGCGUCGAUUGCUGCGGCCUCCGUCGCGUACCUUGCGGUUUGGAGUGUCAGGUAGGCCCCAGAUUUUCGCCGGGUCUUUUUACCCGUUUGCGGGAACUGGAACGGCAUUCGCCUGUGCCUUGGGCUCCAGGGGUACUCGGGUGGGUGUUUGGGUCGUUGGAUGGUACCCUGGUACCUCGGAUUGAAGCGGGUUGUCGUCGAUUAUCAAAGUAUGUUUUGUUAAAAGCUUCCCUAAAUCCAUAUCAUCAUCCAAUCCAAAUCACGUUUUAGCAUUAUCAUUCUUUGUCAUUUACCAUGUUAAUGAAAUAUAACUGACAAUUUUGUAAGUAUGUACUAAAUAAAUAUAUUCUACUAUGAAUUUUGUCAUCAUCUCAAUUUUGGGAGCAUGUGCAAUGUACAGAUAUAUGUAUAAUCCUCUUGCUAACAUUAGGCUUUGAUUUAAUAUGUUUUGAUAAGCUUUUCACAAGAACUAAUAUUUUUGGAUCAAUAUUUAAUUUUUUUUUUCCAAAAUCUUAAAAUAUAAAAUAGAUUAUAUAUAUAAAUUAUAUAAACAAUAUUACACAUUUUUCAAAAUAUAAAAUAAUUUUGAAAGUUUAUACAAAAAUAUAACAAAAAUGUGAAAUGUUUAUCAAGAAAUAUUAAAUGCCAUAGCAGGACUAUUUUCUAAGGUGAAAGCAUGUAAACAUUGAGAACAGUAUACUAUAAAUACAUAUAUAUAUAUAUAUAUAUAUACACUUUAAAAAAAAUAAAAAAAUUUUUUUUUCGUGUAUACAUUUAAUGGACAAAAUUUCUCAGACCUUAAUUCGUUCAUUUGUUUUGGUGACAGGUGUGUUUUAAAUUAUUAAAAUUAUUUAGUUAGUAUUCCAUUUUUGUGUAGCUCAUCCAGAACAACUGAAAUUUUAAGUUGAAAUCUUUGUUUUGCCAGGUAACAGUUUUAGGAACUCCAGCCGAGGAAGAGGGUGGAGGCAAAAUUGAUCUUAUUCAGGCUGGUGCGUUUGAUGGAAUGCAUGUUGUGUUUAUGGCCCAUCCAGGUCAGGAAGAUGCAGCUUACCUGCCAGACGUUGCUGUACAUGAGUGAGUAUUAUAAGUAUUACAACAUAUCCCAUAGCUUAUUCAGAAAAUAAACAUAGAAAUAUAUGCAUUUAUACAUAUAUGUGUGCUCAACUGCCUGAUAGGCAUGGUACUUCGAAAUAGUUUUCCUAUACUUCAGGAUUAAAUGGUCCGAGAUCCACAAUUUUGUACCAUGACAGGUACUAAGCAAAAUCCAAAUGCACAAAAAUGUAGGCUCUUCAAGGAUAAAUUUGCUAAGUACAAAUAAAGCAGGAGUUUUAUCUUUGUAGAGUCUACACUUCUGUGUGUUUGCAUCACUUAGUACUUUACGCAUUGGGCACGGGCAGGAGAUUAUCUGCCUAGUGUACAACUAGAAGAAAAUAUAUGUAACUUUGAAAAUAAUUGUCAAUAUAUUUCUGUUAUUUAUGAAAAUGUAAGUAGAAUAUAAAAUAGUAAUUGCGUGGAAUAAUAUCCAACUACUGGAUAUUAGGGAUGCACGGUUUUAACUAAUGUAACUUUAAUGUAGUCUAACAUGCAAUGGCACCCUGGCGUGCUUUAGGAAAGUUCAAAUGCUUGUGAUAGGUUGUGUGAAAUGCUUAAAAUGUUUUUUUUUUUUUAGAAUAGAUGUCAGCAUUAAAAUUAGGGCUCCUAUCUUGCAAUUAUUUACAAGUAAUAAUGCAGUUUAGCUUGAAGUAAGCACAUCUCUCUAGUAAACCUUCAAUGAAAUGAGGCAUUUAUACGGUGCUGAUUGUUUUCUCAUUAAAUGAUACAGCUUCCACGGUGUAAUAAUAUAUCUUUGUGCUAAAAGGUUUGGAAACCAGUGGAUUAGAAUAUAGGAUCUUAAGUAUGAUUCUGCCAGACAGAACCUAUUGUUAGUAAAUUAUUCACUAUAUCUUCUCCAUAAUAGGUACUCUUAGUUGGCUUUUACACCUGUCACACAUAAUGCAUCAGGAUUUCCUUGGUAACCCGUCGCACAACCACUUGUUUUUUAAUUGUAAUAUAUUGCAUUUAUAAGGCAUAACUUACAUGUUAGCACUGUCUUGUAUUAAAAUUAUGCCUUUCCACUAUAUAACUUUUAUGCUAUAUGCAUCACUCUAUAGAAUAAUCAGGAUUUUUUUUUGUUUUCCUUUAUUUUCCAGUUGUUGACUGCUAUUUGGCUUUAUUUAUUUAUUGGCUUUUUUUUGCUUUAUUUCUCCUUGAAAAUUUUGAAAUACAAAAUUACAAAAAGAAACAUUGAGAUUGUGUGGUUUUAAUCACCAAGCAGUAUUUUGUGGUUUUACUUUCCGGGAAACACAUCAGCCCUGUCAGGUUCUAUGUUUAUAUGAUUAUAACCUAUGCUUAUCCCCUCUUUCUUAUAUACCACCAACAUUGGGUAGGUUUGAAAUCCGGGUAGGCAGGGUGAUUGAGAAUGCAGAGCAAACUGGAGACUGCCAGUAAUGUAACACAUAUCAGUAGGGAUCGACUGAUAAUCGGUUUUGCCGAUAUUAUCGGCCAAUAUUCAGAUUUUUUUGUAAGUAUCGGCCGAUAAUCACCGGCAAUACCAAUAACGAAUGGGUGGGCCUGCACGUCCAUAAGGUGGCACAAGCAGCCGCCUUAGGGCACACUGGCCGGGGGGGCUAGAUCGGAGUGAUUGGCAGGAGGUGGGAACACAGCACUCCCUCCUGCCAGGCACUCUGUGUAGCGUACCGCAGUCCAGUACCAUUUUUCUUUCUGAAUUAAAAGCUCUGUUAACCCAAGCCUUGGCUGAUGAACUAAUCCAGAAGGAGGAAUACCAAUUUAUGAUUCCAACUAAUAACCCUACAAUUUCCACAUUCUAUUGUCUUCCCAAGGUUCACAAAUCUCUAACUAAUCCACCAGGGAGACCCAUUGUGUCGGGUAACAACUCUUUGACUGAAAGAACUAGUACAUUUUUAGAACAACUUCUCCAUCCAUUCGUUAUUAAUCUGAACUCUUAUGUACAAGAUACCAAACAGACCCUGUUGCUACUCGAAAAUCUAGAGGUUCCCCCCUAUUCACUUCUGGCAAGUCUGGAUGUGGUUUCACUGUAUAAUAACAUCCCCCAUGACAGGGGUUUACAGGCCACCUCUUACUUUCUACAGAAAUCCACGAAGUAUAACCCUGCACAAAUUGAAUUCAUUUUAACACUUCUGGAGUUUGUUUUAACACACAACUACUUUGUAUUUGAUGGUUUAUAUUAUUUACAACUUCGGGGCACGGCCAUGGGCACUGCUUGUGCUCCUAGCUAUGCAAAUUUGUACUUAGGGUGGUGGGAAGAAAACCUCUUCAUAGAUACAGCAACCAAUCAGUUUCGGCAAUAUGUACACAAAUGGCUGAGAUACAUCGACGAUAUAUAAAUUUUUUGGACUGGCUCUUGUUCUAACUUUACUGACAUGGUCAAGAUUUUCAAUAACAAUCAAAUUGGAUUACAAUUGACACAUGUCAUUCACGAAACGCAAUUAGAAUUUUUAGAUUUAAAAAUUUUAUUAAACAUGGAUGGUUCAGUAGACACUGAACUGCAUAGGAAAAGCACUGCAUCAAAUAGCCUCCUGGAUUGGCGCAGUUUUCACCCUCAUCGUCUUAAAGCAGGAAUCCCUUACGGACAGUAUCUCCGAGCUAGGAGAAACUGUUCUACUGAAAUGUCCUUUAAAGUUGAAGCGGACAAGCUAAGGACACGCUUCAAAAAUAGAGGAUAUCCUAAUAAGAUUCUAAAAAAAGCGUUUCAGAGAGCCUUGUCCCAGGAUAGAAGUUCUAGCCUUCACUCAAGCAAGGUUACCCCACCCAACCAACUUAUUCGAUGUAUUGGUACUUUUGGUAGACAGUGGCAACCUAUUAAGGAAAUAUUUACUCAGCAUUGGCCAAUAUUACAAUACGACAAGGACUUAAAAUCACAAGCAAUUGCUUACCCCAACAUUACAGCACAUAGGUCUAAAAACCUCAGUGACUUUUUGGUACACAGUCACUUUGAGAGAAACACACCAUCUGCAAACUGGCUCACUGCACCGACAAGAAUACACAAAUGUGGACAUUGCAAGGCAUGUCCCUACAUUAAACAGUCUAAAACGAUUCAAUGUACCAAUACUAAGAAAUAAUUCAAAAUUAAUCAGUUCAUAAACUGCAGUACUACACGCGUUAUAUAUGUAAUUACAUGCUCUUGCGGCAUGCAAUACAUUGGAAAAACCUACCAAGAGCUAAGGAGACGGACCCUGCAACAUGUAAACUCAGUAAGAAAUCCACAUCUUAGUACUCCUGUCGCUAACCAUGUACGUAAUUUCCACGAUGGAAAUCCGAACCAUUUAUCUUUUCAGGCCCUAGAGAGAGUUAACUUGAACUCUAGAAAAGGGGAUUUCAAUCUUAUACUCCUUCAGAAAGAGUCUAGGUGGAUUUAUGAAUUUAAAUGUCUGGCCCCUGGUGGUCUAAAUGAAGAAUUCAACUUCACUCCUUUUAUUCACUCACAUUAGAGUUUACGUUACAGAAUUAGUCCCCGUGGUUUAUAUAUAUUCAUCAUUCUUUAUCACAGUUACCACUUUUUUUUUUUUCUCGUCUCUAGACCGAAUUUACAACACUAUGUUAGAUUUGACAAUAUCCCUACAGUAUCUCCUCCCUUUACCUGGCAUUAUGAUUAUCCUCUGUGGACCAUGCACUAUCCUCUCUGCGCUUAAUUUUUCUUGCAUAGUUUAGCCUCUAUCUAGCUACAAGCACUAUCAUGCUUCCAACAUUGUCUAGCUUACAUUGGCUCUCAUUCAUUUUUUUAAGAGACCUCUCUCACCAAGGUGUACCUCUAUUGGAUUUCUUUAUCUAAGUAUCCUCAGUAUUUUACAUUUAUUCAUUGUCACAAUUUUAGUCCCCGAACUUAGCCUCAGUGGAAUACUUAGUGGAUUUCUGCAAUGAUGUUCACUUAUUUACAGUGCGCCUGCAUUGGUGUCAUAGAAUCCCGAAGUGCCACUGUAUAGCAUUUUAUAAAUUUAAUAAUUGGUUUAACAUUCUCCUGUUUUCUUAACUAUUAUCUCAAUAUAGGCAUCUUAGAGAUAUAACAGCAACUUAAGCUAAUUUUACAUUUAUUUUUAUUUUCCGUCAUUUCAGUUGUUGGAUCCACACUUCGUAACUGUGUAUAAUAUUUUACUUUAAUUCUAGUCUUUAAAAUCAUUAGGUGUCCUUCCCUCUGAGAUUGACACCUUGAUUUUGGUCCCAGUGUCGUGUCCUGAUCAAUCCCUUUUUUGUAUAUUGGUAAGAUUCUUAUACAUCCAGGUUGCAUGUAUCUAGGUAGUCUGUGUGCACCUUAAUAUCUAGCUGGACAUGUUCAGGGCGUUAUAUAUUUAUCAUAUAUAUUUUUUAUCACUAUCAUUUUUUUAUCAUUUUUUUAUCUUCUUCUUUCAUUUUUUCACUAAUUUUGGUAUAUCAUUCUUUAUGUAUUAUCCAUCCACUUUUUAUUUUAUUCUCUUCAUCUAUCCAUCGGUACCUACUUCAUGUGUACAAGUCAGUUAUGGGUCGAUUGUGCUCUUUUAUCUAUUUUUUCUGGAACAUCUACUUUGUUCAUUUUCAUAUACCGCUACAAGGAUCGGACAUCUUUAUGAACUAUUUUUUUGGACAUUCUCCAACUUGUCCACUGGUGUCUGUCCGGUUUAUCCAAAUUAUUUAUGGGCUGGAUUGCUUUUUAAUUUCCCUUGGAAUACUAACUUUGUCUAUUUCUACAUACUGUCACAAUGAUCGGACAGUGUUAUGAACCGUUUUCUAUUUUUCGGAUAUCGUUUUAGGAAAUAUACAUGAAAGUAAGAAUUCUUUCAUUGUUUAAGGUUAUCUCAUACUUUAAUUCGUUUCCCUUCCCUCUUUAGUUGGUUGAACACUAUUAAUUUUCUUUCUAGUACUUCAGGACAACGUACCCGAUAGGGUUACUUAAGUAUAUCACCUCAUUGGCUAUCGUCAUACUUACCGGGAAUUUUCAUUGGCCACAUUGAAACAGCGGUCUUUUUCAAAUUCCUCCUGUCAGCUUGAUCUACGACCUUUAAAUAGCUGAUACUUACCACACAUCGGUUCCCCUCUGAUGAGUUGUGGGCGAAACGCGCGCGCCAGGGGACCCUGGUGAUUCAUUGCAACAACUUUCUGUGUGGUUUUUGUAUUAGACACCGCCACACUCCUACAUGAAUCCCGAGUAUUAUUCCUGUUAGGACUGGAGCAGACACAUAUGACUGUACUCAGGAAAGCAUUUAUUAUGAGUUAUUAGAUAAUUUGGAUACUUUAUUAUUAUCCUGUAUGAAUCUGCUCCUCAUGUCUCUAACAGUUUGUGCUAGUUACUCCAGUGAUUUAGACACCGUUAUUUAGGAGCACAACCAGCUACCAGAAAUCACUGUAUUACUAGCAACAAUAAUUCAUUCAACUAUCACAUUGUGUGUGUUACUUUUUAAGGACAUUGUCUCAAUUGCAACUUUGUUUUGUUGCAAGUGACAUACUUUAGAGGUAACCUGAAAACUUCUGAACAGGUCCUCUUUGCAGUUAUAUUAAUCUCCCUAUUGUUAAUAUUAGCUACUCGUGUGCAAAUUCUGUAAACAUGGGGCUGAUGUAGACGCUUGGUAUUAGUAUUUUUGUAUCAGUACCCGUUCUAUCUUUGACACUGUUGGCGCAUUAGUUGUCAUUUUUUCCACCAGCGUCUCUGAUGUGUACGUGGCUCAUGUUCACAUUUAACCUUGAUUCUGAGACGCCAGAUAUACACAAACAUAUUUAGGAUUUUGUCCUCUUUUCUCUUUUUUUCUCUUUUUAUAUUUAUACGAUUAAAAGUUAAUUUUUAAACCCAUUAUACUUAGAGCACUCUGAGUCUCUUUCCUUUCUCCUUCUCACUACCUUGGUAGUUUAACUGUGGGUUAACCCCAUUUUUGAGUGCUCAGCUUCCAUGUUCUCUCUUUUUUCUUCUACCGCAGUCCAGGAACUUAUGUUUCCUGUACCCGGCCGGACUGAAAAGAACUGCUCACUGAGAGAGCACUUCCUGUCAGCCCAGCCGGGUACAGAAGACUGAAGAUCCUGUACUGCGGUGCGCACUGCUCCGCUCGGCCAUGUUACCAGGAGACACACUGGGGAGCGUGGACAAAAGAGGUGAGAGAGAGGGGCACUAAGGGGGGGCGGAGACACUAUGGGACGGCGGUGUGUGUUAAGGAUGGUUGAACACUAUGGGACACGGGGUGGGGCUGGUAUGGAACACUAUGUAAGGGGAGUGGUAAGGAACACUAUGGUACAGGGGAGGGGGGAAAAGAACACUAUAGGACAGGGAAGGGGGGGUGAAGAACACUAUGGGACGGAAGGGUGGAUGAAGAACACUAUGGGAUAGGAAAGGAGGAUAAAGAACACUAUGGGACAGGGGAAGGGGGGAAAGAACACUAGGGGGGAGAGAGGAACAUUAAGGGAGGACACUUAGUUACCGGGGAUAAAAGGGAAAAGGAACACUGGGGUAGGGGGUGGACCACUAAAAGAGAAGGGAGAGGAACAGGGGAAUGGGGGGGGGGGUUAUUAAGAGACAGGUAAGGGGAGCACUAAGAGACAGGUAAGGGGUGGAGAGGAGGGGAGUUUCUACCGCACAUAUCUACGCACAAACACACUGCAUCCACUACACAAACCCACACAUUGAAUCCACUACCCCACUGCACCCACUACACAAACACACACUGCAUCCACUACCCACACUGCAUCCACUACAAAAACAAGCACACUGCAUCCACUACACAAACACACCCACACUGCAUCCACUACCGACACUGCAUCCACUACACAAACACGCAUACACAGACACUGCAUUUACUAAUCAAAUACUCUCACUGCAUCCACUACACACAUAUAAAUAUUCUUGAAAACAUAAAAAAAAAAUCUGACUGGCGUGUAUAUUUUGUGCAUUUACCACUUAAAAAAAAAGAUUUGCAAAAAAAAAAAAAAAAAUACGGUAAAUGUACCUAAUAUUGGUAAGCCAUCGGCUUGAAAGUUCACAGAGUAUCGGUAUUGGCUCUAAAAAAUUAAUAUCGGUUUAUCCCUACAAAUCCUUGAAUCAAUGCAUCUCUGAGAAGAGUUCAGUGUCUCCACGCAGAGGCUGGAGACACUGAAUGUCAGUGCUGCACUGGCCCAGGGAGUACCUCUAGUAGCCAUCUGAUGAGUGGCCAGUGGAGUUAUCACUAGUCUGUAAUGUAAACACUGCCUUUUCUCUGAAACAAAAAUGUUUACGGCAAAAAGCCUGAAGGGAAUGAUUAUACUUACUAGAACAAAUACAAUAACUUGUAAUUGCUCUGGUGACUAGUGUCCCUUUAAAUAAAUACAUUGCUUUUAAUUCAUAUUUUCUGAUGCUCUAUGCUUUGUUUUGUAGCAUGCUGGUGAAAUAUCAAGGAAAAUCUUCUCACGCUGCUGCAUAUCCAUGGGAAGGAGUGAAUGCUUUAGAUGCCGCAGUUCUUGCUUACAACAAUGUGUCUGCCUUAAGGCAACAAAUGAAACCCACCUGGAGAGUUCAUGGUGAGAACUUUAUGUAAUCACUCUUUUAUUCCAUAAAUGUUAAUAUAUUUGAUUGCAUUUAAAUGUCACAAUUUGUCUGUUUUAGAAAUCCAAACUUGGUUAUUUCAAUAUAAUUUUCACUUCUAUUCAGCUGCAGUAGGUUGUCUGCAUAAAUUAGCUAAAUAUCCAUAUAACUUUGCUGAUUUUGCUAUUCACAAAUAGCUGAGAGGGACACUGCAAGCACUAUAACUGCUUCAUCUCAUUGAAGUAGUUAUAGUAUAUCCUUCCAUUAAGCAUUGAAUAGAUUUUAAUGUUUGAAUGCUAAAUUAGUCCGUAGCAGCCCAUCUCCUCUGUGCUGCUUGGGGGAGCAUUAGCCGGAGCAGAACUGGGCAUCUGUGAUUGGGUGAGAGUGUCUACUGAAUGUUUUCACUCUAUCACAAUGCCCAUUGCUAGUUUGAAUUGGUCUGGCAGGAAGGAAGUGUAUAAUCUCUGAUUUAGCCACAUCCCCAGUAGGGUCCAGAAUGUGCUUGUGAUGAAGUGCCCUUCGCCACUUGUGCCUGGAGGGGACUACUGGCUUUCCCUGCAGAAAGGUUUAUUUGUGUAUUUCUGCUGGGGCGUUCUGGACUUUCAGUAUGGUAGUAGUGCUAUCCCAGAUAGCUAUGCCAUGGAGCCUAUUUGUGUAACAAAAGACUUUGGCUCCAUGGCGAUUGAAUUGUAUGUAUGUGAUCUGAGCGCCAUUCAAUAAUAAUGUGCACUCAGAUCUAAGCUAUCUGGGGAUAUGUUGCAUGUAUAUGUUUUGUAUAGUAAUUGUAACAUUGUGUAAUUUUAUGUCUUUUUGUAACCAUGUGGUUAAUGGAGUCUUGCCUCUGUCCUGGGAUAAAAUUUGAUUACUUCCCAAUUAUCUCCAGGAUAGAGAGGAGGGAUUGUGAUGUCACCGUGGGAGUGUUUUGUUUGUAUUGUCUGUGAUUGGUUAUACUGGGUCCCACCCUGUGGGAUGUCCCCUUGCAUGGGGACUUGCAUAAAAGCCAGUGUGUGGUCAUUAAAACCAGAUCAUCUUGUACCUUUCUUGAAGCCUUGGCUCAUGUUUGGGGGAAGGGAUACCUACACUCUGGGGAUUGCUAUAAUCACUUAUACCCCAGAGCUCUAGCAGGCUAAUUACAGAGCAUGAUAUAAGAAAUCCUAGAUUAACACACUCUGCAAUGUGCCUCCCAACCAUCCCGUAUUUGGAGGCACAUGCCUGAUUUUUGGGUCCUGUCCUGCCAUCCUGCUUUAGGUACCUGAUGUCCCUCUUUUGGGGACACCAGGGAACUGUCCCCAACAAUCCUAGCAUAAGCGCAUCAUAAGAUGUUCAGGGCACUGUGACUUUGCAGGUAGCACUGAGAGUCUGCCCUCAGUGGGCUGGCCUGAAUGAUGGAUAGGCAGUCUGGCAUGCAUUAACGCCAAGCAGACCUACCAUUAACUCAGGUGGACCCGUCCCCUUUCCUGGAAGAUCUGCCCAUUUGGAGUUGUUCCCCUUUCAUUCUAUAAUAUACCUCCCAACUCAGGUGUCCUAAGAAUUGGGACAUGGGUGGGAGGAAGUUUAAGUGGGCAGACCAGUGUAACUACCCUGAUAUACUCUAUUGGAAAGGAGGUCAGAAAAUAUAGGGAACAUUGUUUUAGUGAUCCCUGCAGGGUCCUAGUGCCUUGAACAUAGCACAAACGAGUCUUAUGAUGUGCUAGUGCUAUGAUUGUUGGGGACAGUUCCCUGGUAUCCCAUAAAGUGGUACACCAUGGAACUAAGAUGGGACAGGACAUGAACCUUUUGAACGUACUCUGAAAUUGGGACAGUUGGGAUGCAUGCAAUCCUAAACCUUAAUGCCCUUUAAAUUCUCUUCUUACUAACACCAUUUUUUGUGUACAAUGUUAUUCAUUUGGUGGAUAGGUUGUGGGAGAUUUUUGGAAAUGCACUGUGGUAUAUGAGAAAAUCUACUGUGAGUGUGCGGAGGUGUACAUACAGCAUGUUUUGGGCUGCUUCCUCACACAGCGCUUGUGUGGUUUAAUAUAGCAGGUGCUUUGUCCAAUUUGCUUGCUCAGCAGUUUGUGCAUGGGCUGGUGGCCUGCAAUAAUUAUUUUUCCAGGCCUGGGGAUGAAAAGGCUGGAUGUAUAAGGUAAGAUAUGUAUGUGUGUGUGUGUGUGUGUAUAUAUAUAUAUAAUCACUGUAAAACAAAGUUCCAAAAAGAAAUAUCUUUUCAUCUGUAUUUGUGCUAAUAGUUUUGUUAACACAAUGUAUGCUUCAACUUUGUGUUUUGUUUCUUUUGUUUUGAUAUUCUAGGAGUAAUAACGAAUGGAGGUGUAAAACCGAAUAUUAUUCCUUCAUAUUCUGAAUUAGAAUUUUCCGUGCGAGCCUCUUCUCGCAGGGAUCUUGUCAUUUUACAAGACAAAAUAAAUGCUUGUUUCAAAGCAGCAGCUGAUGCAACUGGGUGCCGGGUAAAUAUAAAACAUAAUCUAUGGCCACUUUGAUACUUUUUCUUCCUUGGUAUGGCAAUGCAUUUUACCUUAAAUAUUGUAUUGACAAUAUAGAAAAUAUUGCGCAGAAAGGUAAGGCAAUUGAAUUUAGUAAUCAUACUUAUUUAAUCUCUAGUAAAAGAAGUGUUUUUUAAAAAUAUUUUUAAAGUCCUAACUUCAACAUCAGCCAAUCUGCUUUACUUACUUGUUCUCAGCUUGCAGUUUGCCAUGAACCUUAAGAGGGAGAAGGCACCAUGAAGAGGGUGGAGAAACUGUAACACUGGGUCAGGCUCUGCCGUGCUCGCAUUAGGACCACCCCAUAGAAAAGCAGUGAAUCAAUGCUUUCCUAUGUGGAUAUGGCUGAUGCUCGUCCAGCGUCAGGUGACCAAAAGUCGCUUAACGACAGCCACUAGAGGUGGAGUUUAACCUGCUAUGUAAUUAUUGAAGUUUAUCAAUAACUGCAAUAAUUAAAAUUUACAAUUAAGAUCAUUUACUGUUGAUCUCAGCCAAUCAAGUGCUUUCUCAUAGGGAAGCAUUGGGUGGCUUGUGUGCAUGCACAGCAAUUGCUGCACUUCAUCAAUCAUCAUCUCCUCAUGGAGAAGCAUUAGAUUAAUAUAUCCCAAUGGGGAUGGUUCUGUGUCUUCAUGCAAAGUGUUAAGACACCAAAUGUUGAUUUUGAAAAAAAAAAAUCACAGGGUAGCUGGAGUAGAUGCCACUAUUGGCUGUCUGAGUGACAGCCACUAGAGGUUUCCUUAGAGACAAAUGUAAACACUGCCUUUUUCCAAGAAAUACAUGGUGGACCAUGAAGGCAUAAACAGUAGUGAAAUGCACUGAAAUUGUUCAUUUGAAGCCGCCUUUUUAAAAGGGAGACUCCAGACCCUUAAAACACUUAAGCUUGCUGAAGUGCUUUAUGUGUGAAAUAAGUGUUCUCCUUUUUUUAAUUUUACAAAAAGGGCAGAUUUCAAUUGAAAUUUCAAACAGACAACAGGUCCUGUUACUUCACAGUUUGUUUAGCUUGGUAGAGCUAAACUCAAGAGACAGGUAAUUACCUAGAGCGCCCUCCUUGCACAGACUUCUCAUUGAACUCCAUUAGGUAGUCUGUGAUUGGACAAGUACCAAAAGUCAGGGCUGGGGAAGAAAGGGGGAGCUUGCAAAGUCUUCAUAAAAGAGAACUGCAGCUUUUGCAAGUAGUUUUUAGAUAUAUCCCCAGUGGAAAAAAUGCACAAUUAAAUGCAUGCUCUUUUCACUUGGGGUAAACAGUGAUUUUUAUUUUAUAUUAAUUUGGGCAGUGGAGUGUCCCUUUAAAUCUCUCAAUUGCAACCAUUGUACAUUAUUUGAAAAAAAUACAAGGCUUUGAGAUACGCUAAAUUGUUCUACAAUCCUAAUUCUAUUUCAAACCCAGGCCCCCAUUUUAAUAUUGUUAGAUAAAUUUUUCAAAUGAUUUAAUAGUUUUUAAAAUAAUUUUUUCAACAUAUUACAAUAACAAAUAUCACUUAUAUAAAAAAAAAUCAAUAUACCUAAAUAUUACAACAUUUUAAUAUUUUCAUAAUAUUAAAUUAUUGUAGGCGUUUACUCAAAAAAUAUUAAAUCAUUUGAAAAAUGUAUCCAACAAUAUUACAUAUCUCUACCAGGAAGCUUUUGUAGAGAUAUGUAAUCGUAAAACAAUCUGUAAACAGUUUUAAUCUUGAUGCUUUUUUGAGACAAGUUCAAUGCGUUUUUCAAAAGUCUAUGCUUUCAGUGUAUUAAACUCAUUUUAAAACAGAGAGGAAGGACAUCUAACAGCGUAUUUCAUCCAAGGCAGAAUGUUUCUGAUACAUUACCCAUGAUCCCCUUGAAGUGUAGUUUCCCUUUUAAUGAAGUUCACAUUUUGUAGUAUACUGAUAGAAUAUGUUUGCUUAUAUCAAUAUGUUUUGGUUGCAGAUGGAGUUGAGCCCGAUCAGCCAUACUUAUUACAAUGUGCUUCCAAAUAAAACUCUAGCAAAAACAUUUCUGGACAAUGGCAAAAAACUGGGAAUGAAAUUCACUACAAAUGAGCUGGUUUUAAAUAAUGUUUCAGGUAAAUAUUCUCAUGCAGGAGCAUUGUAAAUAUGACUUCUCCAAUGCAAGGAAGGGCAAACAUCUAUAUCUAUAAAAAGUAAGGACUUGUGCAAGUGGUUGAUCUCUUUAUUGGUCAUUUUUUCUAUGAAUCUGGAGUUUAAAAGCUGAUUAAGACAGGAUUGUAUCAACGGUAAUUGGACAUAUAUUGGUCCAAAACCAUAAUUAACUCUGCAAUGAUAAGCCUGAGAGGUUCCAAUAGAAAAAAUGACAAUGAUUUAUUUUCUGCCACAUGCAGAGUUAAAAUACAUAAAUACAUAAACAAGAAUAAAAAGUGAUAAAGAGAAAGGGUGGUUAGCCCCUUACUGGAUUUGAUGGUGAGUAUGACAGAUAUCUGCCUACUCACUAUAGCACUUAGAAUAACAGGGUGGCCGGCAGCACUGUGGAGUGUUCUCCCUGUUCGGCUGGAUGUUACUGUAUAAUGCCGGUCUCCAAACAAGCUGCUUCAAACUCUGUGGUCUAUAGGCUCCUCCCCCUGUAUGACGUCAACGCGUUUCGCCGGAUGGCUUCCUCAGGACGUACACAACAGAGUUUGAAGCAGCUUGUUUGGAGACCGGCAUUAUACAGUAACAUCCAGCCGAACAGGGAGAACACUCCACAGUGCUUCCGGCCACCCUGCUAUUCUAAGUGCUAUAGUGAGUAGACAGAUAUCUGUCAUGCUCAGCAUCAAAUCCAGUAAGGGGCUAACCACCCUUUCUCUUUAUCACUUUGUAUUCUUGUUUAUGUAUUUAUGUAUUUUAACUCUGCAUGUGGCAGAAAAUAAAUCAUUGUCAUUUUUUCUAUUGGAGCCUCUCAGGCUUAUCAUUGCAGAGAUGACUCCUGAUCUAUAAAUAGCUGUAUACUUAUAUAUUUGUAUUUUUAUACAAACAAUCUGCACUAUUACCUGUGUUUUCCCUUCUCUUUUAUGUAUAACAUCUUUUAUUGGAAGAACCUCCAUUCAUCAGAAUAGUUUGUAUACAUAUUUUUUAAUUUACUGUCUCUUAGUGGUACUUUGCUCCACUCACUAUCACAUACUAAGAUUUAUUUACUGAUUACCGUAUAUCCUUGAUGAUGACUUACAUAAUCUUAAUUGAUGUGUGCACUCACUGACGGUUGUAUGUUCUGUCAUUGUUUUAGAAAUGUAUGCAUUGUUUGUUCUGCUACUGGAAAAUGCUAAUGGACAGAGGGCGCAUCACACAGAAUGUUUUCACUGAUCAACUUAUAAGGAGUGAAUUUUUUUCCCCCCUUGUUCAGCCUACUACAGGUCCACUCAGUUUUUCCAUCUGAAAAUAGGUCAACUAACACUUGGACACCAUAUGGAAUAAGAAUUUUGUCCAAAGCAAAAUUGCUCGAAAAAUAUCAGUGUAAUGAAAAUGUGUAGACUGCACACAUAGCAAACAAGUUCAAUGCUUUCUUUGUUUCCUGCUGAGUUAUUAGAUAUUUUGAGUAAAUUCUGUCUUCUAAAGUAUAAAAGGUAAUGGAUAUGACACAUAGAACCUUUAUUUCUCCCAUACUCGUAACUGAUUACAUGUUAUUCUAAUUUUAAAGUGAUGGUUCCAAUGUAAGUAGUACAGUCUUUAGAGGUUUUUUUUUUUCCUUCUUAAAUUCUGAGUUUUAUUUAUGAUCCUCAAAACGGUCUUAUUGUUACUAUGCAUAGGUUCAACAGAUUUUGGAAAUGUCAGCUUUGUGGUGCCUGGAAUUCAUCCCUAUUUUUACAUUGGAUCUGAAGCUCUUAAUCACACAGAAGCAUACACUGAAGCUGCAGGUAAGCUGCAACAUUCAUCAUGUCCCAAGGUUGAAAAUAUUAAACCUAUUUUCACUUUCCCUAAGAGGUUGUAUAUAUGCACAUAAUAAUGGUAUUUAGUUGGUUCCAUGCACAAGAAUGACAUUUAUAAUACACAUAUAUGUUUUUAGAGGUACAUGUAUAUAUUUUAUAAUCUCCAUGCAUGUUGAUACCCAAGACUUCUGAACGUGUCCUGUAAUAUCUAGCACCAGGACAUUAGCAGCAGAUCCUUCAAGUCUUGGAGGCUGCUUUUGCUGAUGACUGUACUGACAUCUGCAAAGGGAUUUCAAAGUUCACACACUGCAGAGUGCUCUGUAAUGAGUGAUUGCAGCAUGAGAGGGAGAUAUAUCUUUCGCAUCCUAUCCCACCUGAUCACACAGCGACAAGUAAAGGACAGCUGGCAAAGCCCAGCAAUGAUCACUAUCGAAGGGGGCAUGUAGGAAGACCCUAUGAGGGUCUUUUCAGACACAGGAAGUCUCUCUUUGUGUAAAGCAGACUAAGAAUCACUGAGUGCGGUGAUUUACAUUAAUUUAAAGAUCUAUAUUCAGCAUUCACUUUGGGUUCUGCAUACAGCUCAUCGAAUAGUCUGGGAUCACUAAAUAUGACCCCAGCUGACAGAGCGGAACCCCAGUUAUUGUAUUGUUAAAUCCUUGCCAUCCUAACGGCGGUAAAGCAAACUAUUUUUGGACAGCAUGGAACAUCCUAACAAUGUGAAGGAGUUUGUGUGUGUGCUGUAGAUUGCCAUAGGGUAUAUUUGCCCUCUCUGCCGCCAAUGAUCCCUGCUUUUAUUGAUAGACACCAACACCUUGUAUAUAAUAUUUUUGCCUUCUCUGUUUUUGAGGUAGGGCAACUAAAAAAAUCAAUAGGAAAUGAUUGCAUUUUCUUCUUUUGUUUAUAAAAGGAUCAAAAGAAGCUCAGUUUUAUGCACUUCGUACAGCGAAAGCCUUGGCGAUGACUGCAUUAGAUGUUAUAUUCAAACCGGAUUUGCUCCAAAUAAUCAAUGAAGACUUCAAGAUGAUGAAACAAAUUGAAGAUGAUGAUUCCAAUGUAUUAGCUAAAGUCAGAGAAUCCAGUGGUGGAGCUGGAAGUGCCUCUCGCUGAACAAUAUCACAGAAUUUUUAUCUGUGUUCAUAAGCGUUACAGUGCUACAAGUACUUGGGGACUCUUUCUUUUUUAUUAUAUCCUUCACAGAAUCUAGUUCAAACAUGGACAAAAAAAAUGGAAUUCUCAUUUUACUUGCUUAAUGCUUAUCAAAAUUGUUUUUUAUCAAAUGUUGUUCUGAUUUCAGUGUUAUUUGCAUACAAGAUUUUCUUUUGAUAACCGGAUAUAUUUAUUAGUACAUCUGACUAACUUUUAAUCUUUGUUUUGAAAUUGUCAUGACAUAUUUAUUACCAUAUUUUACUUGUGAUUUGUAUAAAACAUUUUUACUUUGUUCUGAAAGUAAAAUGUAAUAAUAUUAAAGUCACUGUUUCAAAUCA